ACCAGCUUGCUUCUUCUUCUUCCAAUCAGAGCUUCCCGUUAGGCUUCUUUCUGAUACUCUGGUUCUUGUCGAACUCAAAGUAGUGCAAGCCGCAAACGAGUGAUAUUUUGAGUUCGACACCAUUCAGCGAGUUCACUGGGAGAGUUUGUCUCUCUGUGAAAUGCACAAAACCCAUUAAAACCCAAUACUUUGAUUCUGAUAUCCUUCUACUCAUUUGGACUCGUAUGCAGGUUCAAUCCAAUACCCAAACCAAAACCUUAAAAACCCAUGCCAAAAUGCUCAACUUCCUACUCGAAGCUCCUCUGCAGCUCAAUCCAAGGUGGUCUCAAGAAGCUGAGCCUCUGUCCAAUCUCACCAUGUGAGUUGUUAACUUGUUCGCUUUACUCUCACUUUUCAGUUCUUGCAAUUCCAUCAAACCAAGCCCUUCAAACUGAACCCGUAAACAAUGAUGAAACUGAGCCCCCAAUUUCUAAUGAAAUCUUCAAGAAAGGUACCAAAUUGGGUUCUUACAAGUCGGGUGAUUCAACUUUCUAUUCACUCAUUGAGAAUUACGCAAAUUUGGGUGAUUUUCGGUCAUUGGAGCAGGUUUUAGAUCGAAUGAAACGUGAAAGGCGAGUUUUUAUUGAGCAGAGUUUUAUUCUAAUGUUUAGAGCUUAUGGAAAAGCGCAUUUACCCAAUAAAGCUGUAGAAUUGUUUUAUAGAAUGGUGGAUGAAUUUCAGUGUAGGCGAACAGUUAAGUCGUUUAAUUCGGUGCUUAAUGUUAUUAUACAGGAGGGUCAUUAUUCUCAUGCUUUAGAGUUUUCUUACCAUGUUGUUGGUACUACGAGCAUGAACAUUUCACCCAAUGUACUCAGUUUUAAUUUGAUUAUUAAAUCCAUGUGUAAGCUCGGAUUGGUUGAUAGAGCAGUCCAAGUGUUUAGAGAAAUGCCACUUAGGAAUUGCACUCCUGAUGUGUUCACGUAUUCUACAUUGAUGGAUGGGUUAUGCAAGGAGAAAAGGAUUGAUGAGGCGGUCUUUUUGUUGGAUGAGAUGCAACUUGAGGGGUGCAUUCCGAGUCCUGUGACAUUUAAUGUGUUGAUUAAUGCAUUAUGCAAAAAGGGUGACUUGGGACGUGCAGCGAAGCUUGUUGAUAAUAUGCUUCUUAAAGGCUGUGUUCCGAAUGAAGUGACUUAUAACACCCUUAUCCACGGUUUGUGUCUCAAGGGUAAGUUGGAUAAGGCAGUUAGUCUUUUGGAUCAAAUGGUUUCGAAUAAAUGUGUGCCUAAUGAUGUGACAUAUGGUACGAUCAUCAAUGGACUUGUUAAGCAAGGUCGAGCGGUUGAUGGGGCUCGAGUGCUGAUGUCUAUGGAAGAAAGAGGGAAUCAUGCAAAUGAGUAUAUUUAUUCAGUCCUUGUUAGUGGACUGUUCAAUGAGGGAAAAUCUGAAGAUGCAAUGAGAUUGUGGAAGGAGAUGCUGGAAAAGGGAUGUAAACCCAACACCAUUGUCUAUAGCACUCUUAUAAAUGGUCUUUGCCAAGAAGGAAAACCAGAUGAAGCCAAGGAAGUAUUCAGUGAAAUGGUGAGUAAUGGUUGCAUGCCCAAUUCCUUCACUUACAGUUCUUUAAUGAGAGGCUUCUUCCAGACAGGUCAGAGUCAAAAAGCCAUUCUUUUGUGGAAAGAAAUGGCAAGCAAUAUGCGUAAUGAGGUCUGUUACAGCGUCCUAAUUCAUGGUUUAUGUGAGGAUGGUCAACUCAACGAGGCCUUGAUCGCCUGGCAGCAGAUGUUGGGCAGAGGAUGUAAACCUGAUGUUGUGGCUUACAGUUCAAUCAUUCAUGGCCUUUGCAAUGCUGGUUUGGUUGAGCAGGGUUUGAAACUUUUUAAUGAAAUGCUUUGUCAGGAGCCUGAAUGUCAACCAGAUGUCAUCACUUAUAACAUACUUUUCAAUGUAUUCUGCAAGCAGAGUAGCAUCUCCCUUGCCAUUGAUCAUUUAAAUAGGAUGCUGGAUCGGGGUUGUGAUCCCGACUCAGUUACAUGUGACAUCUUCCUGAGAAGUUUGAGAGAAAAGCUUGACCCACCUCAAGAUGGGAGGGAGUUCCUAAAUGAGCUUGUUGUCCGGCUAUUUAAGCAGCAGAGGAUAGUUGGUGCUUCCAUAAUUGUAGAAGUGAUGCUGCAAAAGUUUUUGCCACCCAAAGCCUCUACUUGGACAAGAGUUGUACAAGAGCUUUGCAAGCCUAAGAAGGUCAGAGCAGCCAUUGACAAAUGUUGGAGCAGCCUAUAUUGCUAAUUUUUAAUUGGCAUAGUUUCCAUCCGUUGUACUGGAGAAGGAAACUAACAAAAAUAUGGAGGCUAUUUUUGGGUUGGAGGAUUAAUGAUAUAUGUGAUCCAGCUUUUCUUAGGUCUCUUACAGAUAGCACUCUUGCAAAUAAAGAUGUGCAGACAUCUGCUUCAUGAAAAUGUGCAAACCUCAACAGACUCCCUCCCAUUCAUUCGCAGCAUAUGUCAAAUCUGCAGAUGAGCAAAGUUGGUGCAGGUUGACCUGGGACAAGUAAACAAUAAGCUCGUAGCAGAAAAUUGAAAUUUCUGUUGGUAAAAAAGUGAGUUUGUAGUCAGGUAAUAUCUCAAAAUCUGUCAUCUGCAACUUUCACUAGCAUAUCAAAUUUCCAGGAUCCAUGUGCAAUUAGUGACACUUGUUUAGGGAUUCUGGCUGGUCUUGCUUAUGGGCCAUAUCAUAAGUUGCAUGCAGACCAAAGAAGACAUAGUAAAUAAGCAUUACUACGGUGCAGAUUCCAAAUCUUUCAAAAGCUUGAU